AUGCCAAAGAUUAUACACCACACUACAACCGUUUUUUCAAGUAUUGGCAACGUUCAAGGAGAAGAUAUUGAGUAUAUUUUUGGAAAGAUUAAUAUUUUUGCACGAAAUAGUGGAGCCAUAACUCAAUCAAAACGUUCCCAAAACUACUCUACAGCUACUUUGGAUCGAUCCAAUUCAAAUUUAGUUGGAUGUAUCAAGCCAUUUUUAUGGAAGAUUUUUUGUCAAGUUGUUGUAUACCCAAUAUUUUUAGCAGUCUUUGUGUUUAAAAUUGUUGGACAAUUUCUGGUUUGGAUCUUAAACAGCGAUGUGAUUUUUUUCAACACAUCACUGACAAAAACAUCUACAGCUAUGCAUCAAGUUCAAUUGAGACUACAGCAGAUUCUGUUUUGGCCACAACAAUACAUGACUUGGCAUACGAGCAAUACUAAACUUUCUGCAAAAGCGCAGGCGCGAUAUAUUGGAUUUUUUAAUACUGUCUGGCUGGUUGCUAAUGACAUUAUUAUUGGCCUUGCAUUGGGAUCUGUUAUUAUCGACUAUCGGUAUGAAAUUUCAGCAAUACUGAUUGAUUUGUUCAAGACGUGCACGAUUGAAUGGGUAGAUACCACCAUUCAAUGGCUAAUGGGAUGGCCAGCUGGAUUAAAACUUAAUAGCGAGUUGAAUUCGUUUAUUGGUGAAUUGUUUGGCUGGCUUGUUCUAUCUUGGAGUGAAAUAUUUCUUGUGGUCGCGGACUUUAUUCCAGAUAUUCUUUUAUUAGUUGGAAAAACAGGUGUCUUUGGAGCAACCAUGUCCAUCUCCAUCUUGUCAGAUUUGAUCAUGCUAGCCACAGUUCAUUUGCAUUUAUUCUACAUCAUAUCUGCCAAGAUGUACUAUUGGCAAAUUACAGUGAUUCAAUCGUUAUUUACGCUUUUUAGAGGGAAAAAACGCAACGCACUAAGAAAUCGAGUGGAUUCUGCAGAAUACGAUCUUGAUCAGUUGAUGCUGGGAACUUGCUUUUUUACACUUUUAGUGUUUCUACUACCCACUGUAGCCGUGUACUAUAUGCUAUUUUCUGUGUGUCGCAUUGGUGUGGUGAUUAUCCACGCUGUACUGGAAGUUGUUUUGGCCAUUUUAAACCACUUUCCACUAUUUGCUGUAAUGCUGCGUUUCAAAGAUCCUGGUCGACUUCCCCAGGGAAUUCAGUUUACACCCAUUCUGAUCACCGAGUCUUCAAAUCUACUCUGGCGAUUUUUUGGAUGGAAACAAAGGCCGAAUCCAUCCACUGACGAAACCCGAGUUCCGCAAAAUAUUUAUAUUCGCCUCAAAAGUGUGCCGAUUGGAUUCUCUUCUAUAUUUUACCAAUACCGGUUUCUUUAUGAGCGACUGACCAGAUACCAUCUUUCGUCACAAUCUAUCAAGUCAUUGUUUACUGGUGAAAUCAUAUCAACGAUUCCAAGACUCCAGGUAAGAUGGAUCAAUUCUGUAUAA